AUGUACCCGAAGGUGGUGCCCGCGCCGUUGCAGGCAGGCGCUAGGAGGGGUCCGGAUGUCUUGCUAACAGCAGUUCCCGGAUCCCUCCUAUUACAGGCGCAGAUUGGCACACCGUGUGGUUUUAGUCGGUCCGAGUCCGACACACCACCCCGCCGCAAACCCCGGUGGGGUGGGAAACUCUUCAGCCCAACUUCCUGCAGGAAAUGCAGCCUGGUCACCUUGAUCCUAAUUGAAACGAGAGGGCGAACCAGGAGGACGGUGUUUCGUCCGUCAUGGAUGCGGAGAUUGGGGCAGCUAUUCUUCGGAUCCGUACCAAGAAAGCCGCCCCGGGCCGGAUGGAAUCCCUGA